GACUCAAAGACCAGGUUCUUGAGACAAAUAUUACUCAAUUUUUCUUGACAAGUGAAGCAUUUUUAUCUACCCAAAAUGCGUAGCCUUGCGGCAGCCUUGCUCUUGCCUGCCUUUGCCAAUGGCUACAAGACAUUCAAAACAGUCUGCUCCAAACCUACCGAGUCUGUCAACUAUGUCUCAUCUGCAGAUACUCGAUCUACAUUAGAUAUACUGUGGAGUUGCGUUUUGACGAUAAUUGCUUGCACUUGGAGCGUUCAACACCUCAACGUUCCCGAGCAGCGGGAACGUCGCAAUCCAGGAUGGAUUGGAAAUAUCAAGUGGGCUUUGAAGAGAACUUGGACAAGUACAAAGUGGAUGCUGAUCACAAUAAUGGCUCCGGAGGUCUUGCUAGUGAAAGACUGGAGUGGGCGACAUCUCGCUAAGAAUAACUCAGCAUCACUUCAGGAGUUCGCUAUGACUGAUGGUGUUCCUUGGAGCUUGAGCCACACAUUAUUUGCAGACAUGGGAGGUUUCGUCCUGAGAAGUUAUUCCUCCGAACGCCUUCACAAGGAGACCAAAACCGGACAUCCCUACAAGUCGACCAAGUCCAAGUACUCGCAGCCCUUCCACUUAACAGCUUUGGAGCUUUCCAAGCUUCGCGCAGCUGGUUUUCUCGAUCGAUUGCCUUACAUGACCGAAGAAGAACUCCUCGACAAAAGCAAAGGGGACAGCUUCGUGCGAACUAUAUCCCUAAUCCAGAUCUUAUGGAUGGUGAUCCAAAUCAUUGCUCGCGGCUUUCGCCACCUUGCAAUCUCUCAACUGGAAAUUGGCGUUUUGGCGUUUGCAGCGUGCGCUGUGAUCCUAUACAUCAUAAACUGGAGCAAACCAAAAGGUGUUCAAACGCCCAUAACUAUAAUGAACUUCGAGGGCGAGAUUCCGGACGAAGUCAUUACCAUUAUAGAGAAACAGCGUGCGGGGAAUGAUAUCAUCUUGAAUAUCCUGGGAACAGCUCGAGAUUCCACUGAGAUCAGAGGCACACAUAUACCCAACGAUUACGUCUACGAUCCAGAUCUACCAGGCUACGACGACAACCAAGAGGUGUGGGCGAUGAUAGCUGGGACCUUGAUCUUUGGCGCCAUACAUCUUGCGGCGUGGAAUUUCGUUUUCCCAAGCCGCAUCGAGCUGGUCUUGUGGCGGUGCUCUAGCAUGAUCUGCACGUUCUUUACGGUUCUUAUACUGGUAUCUGCUGCUCCCGAUGUCUUCCUCGAUCGCUUGAUUCCUGAUAGGACGACUAAGUUCUCCUUCUUUCUUAUGAAGACUGCGAUGUUGAUUUAUGUUGUGGCAAGGCUGUUUUUGCUCGUCGAGCUGUUUCGGACUUUGUGUUUUCUGCCGCCUUCUGCGUAUAUUGCUACUUGGGCCUCGAAUAUUCCUCAUCUUGCGUAGUGGAGUGUCUUGUUCAUAUUAAGGUGAUCGUUGUAUCUUCACUGUCUUUCUGCGAAAUCCUCCCUUACCGGUAUCAUAUUUCAGGGCAUUUUACAGGAAUAAUCGUUACCAGGGUCGUUGUCCCAAUCAGUCUCUCUCGAUUCUUUGUUCGAGGACAUCCAUGUACUUACCAGAGUCUUAUUGGCUAUAUAUUGUACGACCGGGACGGG